CCAAGUGGCGCCCAUCAACCGCUAAAAAACUAGCCCUACCCUGAAAAGCGCCCAGGACUAAAAAUACCCACUUCCCUCCUCCGAUCCUCUUCCACCGCCUCAUCACUUCACCCAACCCAUCAAAGAGCCCAUAAUGUCCCCCUCGUGCUUCUCAUCCCUCCCCGCGCAACCAACCGACGAGAUCUUCGAUCUCCUCGCACUUUACCGCGCCGACGCCUCUCCCGACCGCGUCAAUCUCGGCGUAGGCGUCUACUGCACCGACGAGGGAAAGUCAUGGCCCUUGGAUGUAGUAACCCGCGUUGAGAAGCAGCUCUUUGAGGAGGCUAGUCUCACAAGACAUGAUUAUCUCCCCAUCGAGGGCGAUCAGCAGUUUCUCAAGGUUGCGAGGGAUUUGAUCUUUGCGGAGCAGGAUGAUCUGAGUAUCGCGAGCGUGCAGACUGUCUCCGGCACCGGAGCGAAUCAUAUCGGUGCGAGGUUCGUGGCCGACUACUUGAGACCGCAGAAUAUUUGGGUGUCGGAUCCGACGUGGGCUAAUCACCAUAUGAUCUGGGAGUCUGUUGGUAUGAAGCCGAGAUUGUACCCGUACUACAAGAAAUCGGACUGUUCGUUGGAUUUCGAGGGCAUGAUCAAGACCCUGGAGGAUCAUGCUCAGCCUCGCGAUGCUGUCUUGCUGCACGCUUGUGCGCAUAACCCAACUGGUCUUGAUCCUACCAAGGAGCAGUGGAAGGCCAUUGCGGAAGUCUGUCAGCGAAAACAGCUCUUCCCCUUCUUCGACGCAGCCUACCAAGGUUUUGCAUCCGGAGAUCCCGCCGAGGACGCAUGGGCGAUUCGAUAUUUCUACCAACAGCAGCCUCGCCCCGACAUGAUCGUCGCGCAGUCAUUCUCCAAGAACUUUGGUCUGUACGGUCACCGCACAGGAGCCGUUCAUCUUGUUCUCGCGGAGCCUUCCAAGGAGAUUCGCGAUAACGCAUACUCGACGUUAUCGUACCUCCUCCGAUCUGAGAUUUCGAUGGCGCCGAAAUAUGGAUCUACUAUUGUCAAGACGGUUUUGGACAGUGAGGAGUUGACUGCGGCUUGGAUGGCGGAUCUGCAGGUUAUGAGUAGUCGUAUUAAGAGUAUGCGACAAGCUCUUUAUGAUGAGUUGGUGAGGUUGGAGACGCCUGGUACAUGGAAUCACAUUGUUGACCAGAUUGGUAUGUUCUCAUAUACUGGUCUUUCUCCUUUCGAGGUCAAGGUUCUUCGUGAGCGAUUCCACAUUUAUCUACUCAAUUCGGGACGUAUUUCUAUUUCUGGAUUGAACAAGAGAAACGUGCAGUAUGUCGCCAAGGCAAUUCACGACGUCCGAACCCAGGGCCAUGAACUUAACGGAACCACCAACGGUACAAAUGGCACAAACGGCACAAACGGUAUCAACGGACAUUAAAUUCUGUUUUUGUUAUAUAGAAUAUAAGAGCUAGAAUACCCUCCCGGGUCAAAGUAGAGAUAUAACUUUUACACCACUAUUAUGCUUUGUUCAAUUCCGAAUGCGACAACAUGUCGCAUUACCCCAAUUUCUCUACUUUAUUCUCUUUAUGGCUCCAUUACGCUUUGUAUUGUUGACUUCCC